GAGGAGGAGACCCACCUGAAUAAUCCAGCAAAUUCAUCCUCCUAUCCAGCUUCUGCAGGAAACCCAAUUCAAUUCACCUUCAGUUCUGCAAGAUUUUUCAGUUCUACUUCUCUUCCGGCAAGGUUCAAUGUUGGGGGUUUCUGAUUCGUCGGGAAAUUCAAGUGGCGCUACAGCUGCUGCCGCCGGGAAUCAUGAAGGUGAUGUGGGUGUUGGUGUUGGUGUGUCAAUUACAGUUCCAGGUGAUUCUGCUUCUGGUAGUGGGCUUGGAGAAGAAGAGAAGCUGAGAGGUGAAGAGGGUGACCGGAAUUCUGCCGGAAACCGGUGGCCUCGUCAAGAAACGUUGGCGCUGUUACAGAUUCGGUCCGAUAUGGAUGUUGCUUUCCGUGACUCCACUGUGAAAGGUCCACUAUGGGAAGAGGUUUCUAGGAAACUUGCAGACCUUGGAUUUCAUCGAAGCGGCAAGAAGUGUAAGGAGAAGUUCGAGAACGUGUACAAGUACCACAGACGCAUCAAAGAAGGAAGAGCUUCCAGAGCUGACGGCAAGACCUACCGAUUCUUCGAUCAGCUUCAAGCUCUCGACCACCAUCACCCAUCAUUACUUCCUCCGCUCUCGCCCUCAAAACCACUCCAAUCUCAAUCACCGGCGGCGCCACCGCCACGUCCUCCUCCAAUGCUGACGACGACAGCUACUCCAUUAACAGCAGCAGCAGCAGCACCACCGCCAAAUGUCUCUAUUCAUACUACUACUCCGACUGCUACUGCUACUGCCACUACUACUCCUACUACAACAACCACCACCACCACCACUGAUCCCAUGUCGACUUCAUCUAUGGAUUCGUCUUCCUCCUCCGAAGAUGAAUCCGGUGGCAGCCGCUCGCGAAGGAGGAAAAGGAAGAAAAUGACGGCGUUCUUUGAGAAACUAAUGAAUGAGGUGAUCGAGAAGCAAGAGAUGCUACAGAAGAAGUUCUUGGAAACCAUAGAGAAACGCGAGCGCGAAAGGGUAGCUAGAGAAGAAGCCUGGAAGGUUCAGGAAAUGGCAAGGAUGAACCGAGAACACGAAUUGAUGCUACAUGAACGUUCCAUAGCCGCUGCCAAAGACGCUGCGGUAAUCGCAUUCUUGAAGAAGAUCUCCGAACAGGCAAGUGCGGUUCAAUCGACAGAACUACAAUUGCAAUUGCAUGAAGCCCAAAUCCAAAACCCAAAACCAAAUCCAUCGAAGCAGCCAGCACAACCAGUACAGCCAUUAAACCAAGCGCAACCGUCGCCGGAUAAGAUGAUGGUAGAGAUUCCUCGGCCGGCAUCCGAUAAUGCCGCCGACAGCUUUGCUGCAACAUCAAGUAGCUUGUCUUCUCGAUGGCCGAAACCGGAGGUUCAGGCACUGAUUAGAUUGAGAACCAAUCUGGAUCUCAAGUAUCAGGAGAAUGGGCCAAAAGGGCCUUUAUGGGAGGAGAUCUCAGCUUCCAUGAGAAAGCUUGGAUACAACAGGAACGCCAAGAGAUGCAAAGAGAAGUGGGAGAACAUCAACAAAUACUUCAAGAAGGUGAAAGAGAGCAACAAGAAGAGGCCAGAGGACUCAAAGACAUGUCCUUACUUUCACCAGCUAGAUGCGCUCUACAAGGAAAGGAGUCAUCAUCAGACGCCGCAGCAGCAAAAGAUGGACAGCAAUAGCAGCAGCAGCACCGCAGCUUUGGGUGUGGGAAUGGGACCUUAUGGAGUGAAGCCGGAGAAUAUGGUAAUGCCGCUCAGGCAAGAACCGAUCCGGCCACAGUCAGAUAUAGAGAGCGAGAACAACAUGGAUAUGGAGAUGGAGAUGGAUAGAAAUCAGGAACAAGAUGAUGAAGACGGAGACGACGAAGUUGAGGAUGAAGGCGGAGAUUACGAGAUUGUGGCCAACAAUUCUUCUUCUGUGGCCAUUGUCGAGUGAGACAAGAU